AUGGCUUCGCCGUCGUGGCACGAUCGGCGUCUGGAUGAACUCAUGACCCAAUAUGGAGCAGUACCUCCCCCUUGGUUCGAAUACCCAGACACUCAUCCAUAUGACAUUGUGUGGCGGAUGGGCGACGGCGAGUCUUAUAUAGAGCUAUUUUACACAUGGUGGAAUCUUGAAAAGGAGGUUUGGGUUGAAGUGCGACGAAUUGAGUACUUUCGUCGCUGGCCCCCUCCCCCUCGAUGGUUGAAGCACAUGAUCGACUGUGUUUGGGACAUUCGGCAUGACACGUUCGAGGAUGAAGAGCUGUUCGAUUAUAAACCCUACUUUGCCCGCACGAGUGAGCUAGGGUUUGGAUCGUUGGACGAUUAUGAACGAGACCUCGCAGAGUUUGGGCAAGAAGAUGCAUAA